CGCCCGGCCGGUCAAGCGCACCGCCUCCAGCCGCUUCUAAACGCCGGCGGGUGGGAACCACUGCGGGAGGGGAGCCCGCGCGUCUCGGAGCGUAGCCCCGACCCCCUGCCGCCGUCAUGGAGUUCGUCAAGUGCUUGGGGCACCCGGAGGAGCUCUACAACCUGCUUCUGUUCCGCAUCCGGGGCCGGCGCAAGUUCAUCCCGCAGAUGGACCAGGACUCGCUCAGCAGCAGCCUGAAGACCUGCUACAAGUACCUGAAUCAGACCAGCCGUAGUUUCGCCGCCGUUAUCCAGGCGCUGGACGGGGAAAUGCGCCACGCGGUGUGUGUAUUUUAUCUGGUUCUCCGAGCUCUGGACACUGUGGAAGAUGACAUGACCAUCAGCGUGGAGAAGAAGAUUCCGCUGUUGCGUAACUUCCACACAUUCCUCUAUGAACCAGAGUGGAGGUUCAUGGAGAGCAAGGAGAAGGAUCGACAAGUGCUGGAGGACUUUCCCACGAUCUCCCUGGAGUUUAGAAAUUUGGCUGAGAAAUAUCAAACGGUGAUUGCUGACAUCUGCCACAAAAUGGGAUGUGGGAUGGCAGAGUUUGUGGAUAAGCAUGUGACCUCCAAACAGGACUGGGACAAGUAUUGUCACUAUGUUGCUGGGCUGGUAGGAAUUGGUCUUUCUCGGCUGUUCUCGGCCUCAGAAUUGGAAGACCCCUUAGUUGGUGAAGACACAGAAUGUGCCAACUCGAUGGGCCUGUUUCUGCAGAAAACAAACAUCAUUCGUGAUUAUCUGGAAGACCAACAAGAAGGAAGAGAGUUCUGGCCUCAGGAGGUUUGGGGCAGGUAUGUUAAGAAACUGGGAGAUUUUGCCAAGCCAGAGAACAUUGAUGUGGCUGUGCAGUGCCUGAACGAACUCAUAACCAAUACCCUGCACCACAUCCCCCAUGUCAUUACUUACCUCUCAAGGCUCCGGAACCAAAGUGUGUUUAACUUCUGCGCUAUUCCACAGGUAAUGGCCAUUGCUACACUAGCUACCUGCUACAAUAAUCAGCAGGUGUUCAAAGGAGUAGUGAAGAUUCGGAAGGGGCAAGCUGUUACCCUAAUGAUGGAUGCCACCAACAUGCCAGCUGUCAAAGCCAUCAUACACCAAUACAUAGAAGAGAUUUAUCAUCGAAUCCCUGACUCAGACCCUUCUUCUAGUAAAACAAAGCAGAUCAUCUCCACAGUCAGGACGCAGAGUCUUCCGAACUGUCAGCUCAUCUCCCGAAGCCACUUCUCCCCCAUCUACCUGUCAUUUGUCAUGCUGUUGGCUGCCCUGAGCUGGCAGUACCUGAGCACCCUGUCCCAGGUCACGGAAGACUAUGUCCAGACCGGAGAACACUGACUUGAACUUGUUGCAAGCUGAAGUUCACGACCUUGUCCUCAAGGAUGGAUUUGGCUUCCCUUUUGUUUCUCUUCCUAUGUUAAGCCCUCAGAGAACUCUGUGGAACUUUAGAAACUGCAAAGCAAAGGAUGCCUUGCCCUCAGCA